AUGUUGCGACCGUUUGUACUCCACUCGCUCGACGUCCACAUAUGUCAUUCUUCGGCCACUGCAUCUCCUCUCUCAUACACAUAUCUCCACCGCCCCACGGCCAAAUCUUCCGUUCUGAUGCCUAUUAUUACAAGCUGCUGGUUCUUGGUGUUCGUCUGGGUAGUAUGGUGGCUGCCACUGAUGCUCGCCGGGCCUGAGGAUCAGCUAGGGGAAGGCUGCUCGGGCUCGGCCAAGAUGUGCGGCAACCUCACCAUCUCCCGCCCGUUCUGGCUAGCUGAAUUGGGGAUGAGAAGAUCGUGUGGUCCCUUGGAUUUUGAGGUCGGUUGCUUCAACUACAGCACUCCAGUUCUCAAGAGCGCUGGAUUAACUGGCUUUGCAAUUCUCAACAUCUCCUACGAGAAUCGCAGUCUGCGUGUCGUCGAUGUAUACAAGGAGGAAGACUUGAGCCACUCCAAGGGCAGCUGUCGGUUCCCGAGAUGGAACACCUCCGGCAAACUGGCAACCCCGUUUAAGGUCAGCCCCGCCAACCUAAACCUCAUCUUUUACAAGUGCACGAAGACUCCGGCGCAUCGGGGCAGGGCGCUCGUGGAGAUAAGAUGUGGGAACGCGACGCACGCGUUUGUUCGCGCGGGAGUGCCCUACGACGCGACCGGGACCUACGGCGGCUACGCCUUGACGGGCUGCAAUGCCACCGACGUGCCGGUGAUGGGCUCGACGAGCAAGGUGAACGCGAGACACUACAGGCAGCUCAUCAACGGCGGCUUCCUCUUGACAUGGGAGGACCAUCCGACACCUCUCCCUGAACCUGUACCUCUCCCUGCGCCUGCACCUGCACCUGCACGUAAGUUCACCCGCCGAACCAUCUUUUCAUCGAGUUUGUAG